AUGCCCCGCGAAAAUCCUCUCGAAGCCCUCACGGCCGAGGCGCGAGACAUGAUACUGCAUCUUCUCGAUUGCGAAUCCCUGAAGCGCCUUCGUCUGUGUUGCAAAUCGCUCGCCGGCCACGGGGCACGCCGCCUAUUCCGAACCAUUCGCACCGACUUCAGUGCCGCGAGCAUGGAGCGAGUCAUUGACAUUGCCAACAGCGAGGCCAUUUCGGGCCAUGUACGGAAUUUGGUCUUACUGAAUUGGGAAGGUUGGCGCGACUAUGAAUACGAAGAGUUUUGCGGCAAAAUCGUCCUUCAAGAUUGGCGGUCCAGAAGGAACGAGCACUUCAUGGAAUUACUGUACGAGGAGUACAUGGCUAACCGUGACGAAUGCAGCCUGGUAUGGUGCCUUCUCCAUGCUCCACGGCCCGUCAGUUACAAGCAAAAGGAAGCCGAGCGCGCGCUGACAAGAUACGAACAAUCUUGUCUCGGCUUUCAAGCUGCCAUGUUGAAAUUCUCAAAUCUCAAGCACGUCGGGGCCGAGUUUGGGCACCAUUUCAAGAGGACCCAGACUUGGCGAGACUAUCAAUUCGAGCCGUCGAAAUUCGAGUCCCGUGGCAAUCAUGCCAGCGAUGACGUGUAUUUCGCAAGUAGACUUCUCCUGUUGCAAGCUCUUGGUUUACGCAAUUCCUUGACCAACAGCUUGACAUCACUGCAUCUCGACAUCACCGAAGAACUGUGGGCUGUGGGCGAGCUCGACCGUUUCUGGCGGGAAAACGAUGAGUUCAACGCCUGCAAUGGACAGCCCGACGAGAGCCUCAUCCAACGGCAGCUGCACCUGAUGGAGGACGCCUUCACCCAUCUCACGGACCUGCGCAUCGGGGUGCUUGACAACGGCUUCCCGACUCCGUACAGGGACCUAGUCUUGCCCAGGCUACUUCGCAAAACCACAAAGCUGGAGCGUCUCCAUCUUUCUCUUCCGACAACCUGGCACCUCGCAUCGAACAGCGGCAUCGAACAAGAUAUUCUCAGCAGGGUGCUAAGCGGUGUGCGCUGGCAAAACCUGCGAGAAGUCACCCUCCAGGUAGACUUCACCUUUGAUUCUCUUCUCGGCUUCUUGUUGAGCCAUGCGACAAUGCUCGCCUCGCUCACUCUGUACCGAUGUGACAUGCAUGGCGGCAGUUGGCCGGACAUGUACAGGGCCAUGCGCGGCAUUUCCUUCCGAAAGCUGUGCCAUCUCAACUUUAGCGAAUGUGCCGACGGAGAUCCCCUUGUGCCGCCGCUGCUUGCAUUUUCUCGCGAGAGUACGGCGGUAUCCCAUCAUUCGCUAUACAACAUGAGGGAGCUGUGGAUGGGCUAUUCAAAGGACAUCUACCCGUAUAUUUUGAGACAAACAGAUUUCAUGCCUCCACUAUUCCAGUAUGGUUGUUAUAUGGACGAGGACAGCGCUGAUGGGGUUGACCUCUCUCGUGAGGAUGAUUCGGUUGAAUAA